UAAUAAUUAACAAAGUCAAGGUUUGGAUUGGAGAGAUUGGCAUCAUUGAUUAGCGUGGAGUGAAGAGCAUGUGCUUGAUACAUCCCAUAGAUGUAUAGAGAGGGCUUAAUAUCUUUUGUUGAACUUGAUUUCUCAACUGGAGGUAUUUGGAAAAUGAAGAGAAUGGAGGUUUGAGGAGAAGAUGUGUGAAUAAUAAGAAUGGGAUUGGAGCAGAAAGAUGAUGGAUAGGAGGCAAGGAGGGAAAAAAAAAAUUAUGCAAGUCAUAGAAUAAAAAUAAAAAUUAAUUGAUGAUCAUUAGUUACGACAGUAGAUAAUAUUAGAGAAUGGAGAAAAUCUGCUGAGCCCUUCCGCUGCUCAUCCAGUUCGGAACCAUCCAUUCACUUCUAUAAAGCCCUGUGUUAGGCUGGCUUAGACUGGCUCUUUGUUAAGCUUUUCAAUUUUAAAGAUGUUGCAUCCUCCAAACAUGGGAGCAGCUUGUGUAAUUCGGCCUCUCGUAUAAUGAGCAUAACACUAAAAACCAAUGGGAGACAACCAAUGGGCAAUAAAUGGAAAAGCCCAGACUGUUCUGGAAGGUUUUAAUUUUUUAAUGUGUUCAACGCUUUCACAUUCUCAACAGUCUACAUAACUCUUGGAUGCUGCAAGCCUGCAACGAAUGCUAGUGGACAUUUAUGAAAAAUGAGAAAAAACUCGAACGUGAAGACCGAGGAACAUGAGGGAAUCUUUCCCUAUUUUAAGGCAACCCCCACUAAAAUAUAACACCGUUUGGAGCCCGGAAUAGGAAAUACCUGUUUUUUUUCGGACAAAUUGGUAUCCAUAUUCCAUCCUCCCCCAUUUUUUCAGCCAGUCUUCUCUCACUAAAUCUUAAGACUUCUCUCAGUCUCGCCCUCGCUUGCUUCUAGAUCUUGUUGUAUUUUCUGUUCAUUUGACCCAAGUACUGCUGCUAUAUGUCUGAUUCGCAUAUUUGAAGACUGAACGGCAACUUCAAAUUGACCCCAAACUCAGGACAGUAGGUUCAAUUGGAAAUGAGCACAGAGAGCUCUUCGCCUCCUCGGUGGAAAUAUGAUGUCUUUUUGAGUUUUAGAGGCGAGGAUACUCGAAAGGCUUUUACAGACCAUCUAUACACUGCAUUGGAUGAUCAAGGAAUCACAGUUUUCAGGGAUGAUCCUGAACUUGAAAAAGGGGAAGCUAUUACUCCAGCACUUUUCGCUGCAAUUAAAGAAUCAAGAUUUGCUCUCAUUGUUCUCUCACAAAAUUAUGCAUCGUCGACAUGGUGCUUGGAGGAACUUGUGAAAAUUCUUGAAUGCAUGAAAGCAAGAGGAACUGUGCUGCCAAUUUUCUAUGAUGUUGAUCCCUCUGAUGUACGAAAGCAAACAGGGACUUUUAGACAAGACUUCGCUAAUCAUGAAGAAAGAUUUAGGGGUGACGAAGAGAAAGUGCGAAGGUGGAGAUAUGCUUUAAAGGAAGUGGCAAGUUUCUCAGGGUGGAAUUCAAAGGAAUGGUAUGAAUCAAAGCUCAUUAGAGAUAUUGUUGAAGUUAUAUGGAAAAAACUGCAACCUACAUCAUUCAGUUUUGCAGAAAAUCUAGUUGGAAUUUACUCAAGACUGCAGCCAGUCAAUUUGCUUUUAGGUGUAGGGGUGGAUGACGUCCGUUUCAUUGGUAUAUGGGGAAUGGGCGGGAUUGGUAAGACAACUAUGGUAAGAGCGGUGUAUGAGAGAAUCUCUGGAGAAUUUGAAUUUAGUUUCCUUCUUACCGAUGUUAGAGACUCCGUUGAAAAAAGUGGUUUACAUAAUCUACAAAAGCAACUUCUCUCUGGGAUUUGGACAAAAAAGGCUGACAUUUCAGACCUUCAUGAAGGAGCCACCAUAAUAAGGAGGUUGUUAAGUCACAAAAAGGUUCUUCUCAUUCUUGAUGAUGUGACCCAUUCAAGCCAUUUGAAAUAUUUGGCAGGAAAUCAAAAUUGGUUUGGUUCAGGGAGUAGAGUUCUCAUCACAACUAGAAAUGAGCAUUUAUUGAUCGAACAUGGAGUGGAGAGAAGAUUGAAGGUUGAGGAAUUUAAUGAUGAGGAUUCUCUUCAGCUUUUCAGCUGGAAAGCAUUCAAAAGAGGUUACCCUGAAGAAGAUUUUCUUGAUUUGUCUAAAUCUGUCAUAAAUUAUGCCAAAGGUCUCCCUUUAGCUCUUGAAGUACUAGGCUCUUUUUUGCAUGGAAGAGAUCUAAGUGAAUGGAACAGUGCAUUGACAAAACUAGGAAGAGUGUGUAACUUGGAAAUUUUUGACAUACUUAAAACAAGUUAUGAUGGUCUAGAUGAUGAGGAGAAGAAAAUAUUCCUAGACAUUUCAUGCUUCUUUUGUGGAGAGGACAAAGAUAGAGUAACAGAAGUACUGAUCAGUUGUGAUGUUUCUGCGAUUAUUGGAAUAAAAGUCCUUAUUGAAAGAUCUCUCUUGACUGAUUCAUAUGGAAGACUAUGGAUGCACGAUUUGCUUCAAGAAAUGGGUCGGGAAAUUGUCCGCCGGGAAUCUACUAAUGAGCCAGGCAGGCGCAGUAGGUUAUGGCUUUCUGAUGACGUCGAACAUGUCUUGACCAAAAAUACUGGAACAGAAGCAAUAGAAGGCAUUGUUCUGGACUCAACUGAGCUUGGAGUAAAGGUGAGGGUGAAUGCUAAAUCCUUUUCGAUGAUGAACAGACUGAGAUACCUUGUCCUUAAGAAUGGCAACCUACCGAAUGGGCUUGAAUGUCUUCCUAAUAGUUUACGGAUUCUUAAGUGGACCGGGUAUCCCUCGAAAUCUCUCCCAUCGCAUUUCAACCCUGAGAAGCUACUAGAACUUAACAUGUGCCAUAGUUGCAUUGAACAUUUUCCGUUGGAAAUAGAGAGUUUAUACAAUUUGAAAACCGUUAAACUCAGCAACUCUUUGAAUCUUAUCAACACCCCAAACUUUAAAGGUAUGCCACAUCUUGAGCUUCUGUUUCUUGAAGGUUGUACACGAUUGUAUGAGGUUGACCCAGGGAUUGAAGUGCUUGAAAAACUUACUGUGCUGAACUUGAAAGAUUGCAAGAAUCUAGUGCAUUUUGCAAGUAGUGUAAGUGGCUUAAAAUCUCUCAAAUUUCUUAAUCUUUCUGGUUGCUCAAAGCUUAAGAAACUACCGAAUGACAUGGGUCAUUUAGAAAGUUUGGAGGAGCUUCAUGUGAAUGGCACCAGCAUAAGAGAACUACCUUCCUCUAUUGGAAGGCUUGAAAGACUUCUUCUGCUGGAAAUGGAAGAUUGCAAAGAUCUCAUGUGUCUUCCAAUAAGUGUAGGAGGCCUAAAAUCUCUCAAAAUUGUUAAUAUUUAUGGUUGCUCAAAGCUUAACAACUUGCCAGAGGAGUUGGGCUGUCUAGCGUGUUUGGAAGAGGUUGAUGCAAGUGGAACUUCUAUACAAGAACUACCUUGCUCAAUUGGCAUGCUUGAAGGACUUGUUUCUAUGUCCUUGAGAGAUUGCAAACAUCUUGUGUGUCUUCCAAGCAGUGUAGGUGGCUUAAAAUCUCUCAAAUAUCUCAAUCUUUCUGGUUGCUUAAAGCUUGACAAAUUGCCAGAGGAGUUGGGUCAUAUAGCGCAUUUGGAAGAGGUUGAUGCGAGUGAGACUUCUAUACGAGAACUACCUUGCUCAAUUGGCAUGCUUGAAGGACUUGUUUCUAUGUCCUUGAGAGAUUGCAAACAUCUUGUGUGUCUUCCAGGCAGUGUAGGUGGCUUAAAAUCUCUCAAAUAUCUCAAUCUUUCUGGUUGCUCAAAGAUUGAUAAAUUGCCAGAUGAGUUGGGUCUUGUUGCCUGUUUGGAGAAGUUUGAUGUGAGUGGAAGUGGCAUAAGAGAAGUGCCAUCCUCUAUUGGUCUUUUGAAAAACCUCAAAGAAUUAUCUCUUGUUGGAUGUAAAGGACAGUCACCUAAAUCAUGGAAUAUGAUGCUCAACCCUUUUCAGUUAUUGCGAAAAAGAAGUCGCAUUCCUGCAGGAUUGUCUUUGGCUAGUUUGUCUGGUUUGCAUUCAUUAACCAAAUUGUAUGCAAGUGAUUGCAAUCUUUCUAAAAUCCCUAGUGAUUUUGGAUGCUUGUCCUUGUUAAGAGAAUUAUAUUUGAGCAAAAUCAAUUUGUUAGACUACCUGAGAGCAUCGGCCAGCUCUCUAGACUUGAAUGGCUUCACUUGGAUUCGUGCUGCAAGCUUCAGACACUGCCGGAACUUCCAACUCGUUCAUGGGUAAACAUCAGCAACUGCAUUUCAUUAGACACAUUGUCCA